AUGGAGCCCAACGUGUGUGAGACUAUCAAGAAACUUUUGGUUUCAUCUGAAGUUAUGGUACAUUAUGACCCAAAGAAACCAUUGACGUUAGCUGUCGAUGCUUCAUCAUAUGGACUUGGAGCUGUUAUCUCGCACACCAUUGGGUCGAACGACAAACCCAUAGCGUAUGUUUCGCGCACCUUGACAUCUGCGGAAAGGAAUUAUUCGCAGAUAGAAAAAGAAGCGUUAGCGAUUAUCUUUGGAAUUCAACGGUUUCACCAGUAUCUGUACGGGCGACGUUUUACCCUAUUGACGGACCAUAAACCGCUGACAACUAUCUUGGGACCAAAGAAGGGCAUUCCGGUUUUGGCCGCGUCUCGAUUGCAAAGAUGGGCGAUACAGUUAUCUGCGUACCAGUUCGACAUAAAGUUUCGUUCAACGGAUAAAAACGGAAAUGCUGAUGUGUUAUCACGUUUUCCUAUGAAAGAGGAGGAAAGUGGAGUUGACGACAACUAUGUGUUCUAUGAGGAAGCUCAGUUAGUGAACAAAAUGCAAGUUAACAGCUUACCUGUUACUGCUAUGCGUAUCGCUGCGGCAACAAAAAGAGAUACAACUUUGGCACGCGUAAUAGAAUUUACCCGAAGUGGAUGGCCAAAUGUGGAAAUGGGAGAUGAACUUAAACCAUAUCACAGAAUUCGUGAUGAACUGACCAUGGAGGAAGGAUGCUUACUCAGAGGAGUACGAGUAAUCAUUCCGAACCAAUAUCAAAGUGAAAUAUUAAAUGAACUGCAUAGCAACCAUCCAGGAAUUGUUAGAAUGAAAUCCCUGGCUCGGUUACAUGCAUGGUGGCCAAACAUGGAUGUGGAUAUUGAACGGAAAGUGUCGGGCUGUGAGGCAUGUCAGAAAGUACUACCAAAUGCACCGAAAUCUCCUGCAAACCCUUGGAGAUGGCCGUCAGCACCAUGGAACCGUAUUCAUAUCAAUUUUGCUGGACCAUUCAUGAGUGAAAUGUUCAUGGUAGUGGUCGAUGCACAUUCAAAGUGGUUAGAUGUGAUACGCAUGUCUUCCACGACCACAGCCAGUACUAUCAACGCGUUGAGGUAUCUAUUCGCGUCGUAUGGUUUACCCAAAGAACUAGUUUCAGAUAAUGGACCGCAAUUUACUGCAGCAGAGUUUGUCACAUUCUUGAAAGAAAAUGGAGUACGUCAUAUACUUUCUGCACCUUAUCACCCCAGCUCAAACGGCGAGGCAGAGAGAGCUGUACGUACAAUCAAGCAAGCUAUGAAAUCCCUGGUUCAGUCAGAUAGUAGUCUGAACCAGAAACUUGCUUCGUUUUUGUUGUCGUACCGUACAACACCACAUAGUCUCACCAAGACUCCACCCAGUGAACUAUUCUUGGGAAGGAAGUUGAGGACCAGGUUGGAUAUUAUGCGUCCAGAUCUUUCUGGGAAAAUUCAACAAAAGACUACACCAACAGAGUCAAAAACACGAUUGUUCGAAAUUGGUGACAUUGUCAUUACUCGCGACUACCGUGGAAACCCACGGAAACCUUCAUGGAUCAAAGGUAUUGUUAUCCGCAAGCUAGGACCAAUGACAUAUACCAUUCAGGUGGACAACCUUAUAUGGAAAAGACAUGUGGAUCAAAUACGUACAUGUGAUCCAGCUUGUAACUUUGAACCAAGAGAGCAAGCAGUUCCAGACACUCAAAAUUCUCUGGACAGUCUUCCAGGUAUCUUACCUAAUCCAACCAUUGGUACUCAGAGGAUUCCUUCAGCAGAUUGUUCAAUUAGGAUUCAAACCAGUGAAGUAGCUACUUCUACACCAGAUACUGACCAGACUGAUCCAUCGACCAAUGUGACACACGAACAUCGCUAUCCGCGUCGUGAUAUAAUCAAACCAUCGCGUCUGAUUGAAAACUGUUAA